UCCUUUGGCGCUCUGGGGCGCGGGCGAUUUGUAAGCAAUGGCGGUUGCUCGAUCGUCUAACUGUUGCAGAGGUUCAUCUACCAGUUGUAUGUGCUGCAACAAGGGCAAGCGGAGCGACUCGUUGCUGUUGGGCAAGCGGCUCUCCGAAGACUCGAGUCGCCAACAGCUGCUGCAGAAGUGGGAGAGCAUGUGGAGCUCGACAAGCGGGGACGCGUCGGUGGGCGACACGGAGAAGGCGCGGCUGGAGGAGGCAACGGUGGCGGAGGAGAGGCCGCUGGUGUUCCUGUGCGCCGGCUGCCGGCGGCCGCUGGGCGACUCGUUGAGCUGGGUGACCAACCAGGAGGACACCAACUGCAUCUUGCUGCGCUCUGUUUCCCGUAAUGUUUCUGUGGAUAAGGAACAGAAGCUAUCUAAACGUGAAAAGGAAAAUGGUUGCAUUCUUGAGACUUUGUACUGUACAGGGUGCUCACUAAAUCUUGGCUACGUAUAUAGAUGCACUCCCAGGGAUCUUGACUGUAAGAGGGACUUGUUUUGCCUCAGUGUUGAAGCCAUUGAAAGUUACACUUUAGGGUCCUCUGAAAAGCAAAUUGUGUCAGAAGAUAAGGAGCUUUUUAAUCUUGAAAGCAGAGUUGAAAUAGAAAAGUCUUUAAAACAGAUGGAAGAUGUCUUGAAAGCAUUACACGUGAAGCUGUGGGAGGUUGAAUCAAAAUUGUCCUUUAUCAGUUCUAAAAGCUAAACUCCACUCUGUGUCCCUCGUCCUGCCCUGCCCUUCUUCCCCUUAUAUGUUAAAUGACAAUUGUAGAAUUACUGUUACAGCUGUAUUUUAUGAUAAAGAGGUGAUUGUUUCCCAAAUUCCAAUUUUAAAGUCGUAUUAUAGUACUUGAUAGGAUCAGAAUUUAGGGGUUUUUAUUUUGAUAAGAAAGUGGGGUAAUUUUCUGAAUUGUUUUCUCCUUUGUAUUGAAUUUAUUAUUCUUCAUUUCCUAUUCUUUUAAAACUUUAAUUCACCUUUAAUAAUUGGGACAAUAUAUGGGUGGCGCCUGUGGCUCAACGGGUAGGGCGCCGGUCCCAUAUGCCGGAGGUGGCGGGUUCAAGCCCAGCCCCGGCCAAAAAAAAAAAAAAAAUAAUUGGGACAAUAUUUAACAUGAACAAUAAAAUCUUACACGGUUUUCUACUCACAGUGUGGCUGAAUUUUCUCUGACAACUAAAUACAACUAAAGCUCUUUGGAGAAACUGAACAGAUAAAUGAUUCGUCAGAACUUUUUGAGAACUUGUACAAAUGCAGAAUAGCACUUAUUUAUAGUAGGAUUUCACAUUAUCCUGUUUAUUUACUACUAUAUGUUUUUAAAAUCUGAGAGAAUACUUACCAGAUAGUGUAGAGGUCAUCUCUGAGGGUGAGAUUCUGAGGGAAUUUUUGGCUUUCAGUUUUCUAUAAUGCAAGACUUUUAUAAUGUGUGUGUUUGUUUUUAUAAUCAGGAAUGGA